CAAAAUCCAAAGCCGUGGUGUAAACGAGUACGAAAGUGCUCAAGUUCCCACAAAAUUUAUCUCAAAAAAUAAUUAAAAAACAUAUAAAAAGUUAACAAAUAAUUAAAAUAUAUUUUCUUCAACAAUCCUAAAGCAAUAAUAAAAACAAUUCAUGGCGGAUGCCGCAGCUAGACAGCUUCAAUAUGAGUACAAAGCGAAUUCCAAUCUUGUGCUCCAAGCCGAUGUGCGUCUUAUCGAACGACCACGACGUGACGAAGCCACCGGCGAGGUGGUUUCUUUGGUAGGAAAGUUAGAUGGAACUCGAAUGGGUGAUCGCUACCAGAGGACGAAACCCGAGAAAACAGAGGAGCGAAAACAAAAGCGACAGAAACGUGAUGAAGCCCAAUAUGAUUUCGAAAGGAUGAAAGGCGCCACUUUGUUGUCUGAGGGAAUUGACGAAAUGGUUGGUAUCGUUUAUCGACCAAAGACCCAAGAAACUCGGCAAACCUACGAAGUUUUACUGAGUUUCAUUCAAGAGGCUUUGGGUGACCAGCCCAGAGAUAUUCUUUGUGGUGCUGCCGAUGAGAUUUUGGCAGUUUUGAAGAAUGAAAAGCUCAAAGAUCGCGAGCGUAAACGAGAAAUUGAUAGUCUUUUAGGAAGUGUUGCUGAUGAGAGGUUUGCUCUUUUAGUCAAUUUGGGAAAAAAAAUUACAGACUUCGGGGCAGAUGCCUCAACAGCUCUUAAUGUUACCAACAAUGAGGAACAAAUUGAUGAAACAUAUGGUAUCAACGUCCAAUUUGAAGAAUCUGAGGAAGAGAGUGACGAAGAUAUGUACGGAGAGAUUCGUGAUGAAGAUGGACAAGAGGAAGGCGAAGAAGCUCGAGUUGACCAUACACUACACGCAGAAAAUCUAAUGGCCGAAGAAACAACCAGCGCCAGCGUAAAAAAAGAACGUGGUCUACAUCCUCUUGACAUCGACGCCUACUGGCUUCAACGUUGUCUCAGUAAAUACUACAACGAUGCUAUGGUAUCCCAAAGCAAAGCUGGGGAUGUUCUAAAAAUUCUCAAAGAUGCCGCCGAUGACCGAGAUUGUGAAAAUCAACUCGUCUUGCUUUUGGGCUACGAUUGUUUCGAUUUCAUAAAACUCCUCAAAAACAAUCGUCAAAUGAUUCUCUACUGCACAAUGUUAGCUUCAGCGCAAACUGAUGCUGAACGACAAAAAAUACGUGACCGCAUGAAAAGUGACACGCACUUAUCGAAGAUUCUUCGUCAAUUGGACACUGGCAAAAGUGAAGAUGAUGAAUAUGGAAAUUCUUCAAGGUCUAAUAAACGCAGCAAAGAAGAAAACGAUGCUGACGGAGGUCAGGGCGGAGCUGCUGAACAAGUUGCUGGAGUUCGACAAGUCUUAGAACUCGACGAAUUGGCUUUUACCCAAGGAUCACAUUUUAUGGCUAACAAAAGAUGUCAAUUGCCUGAUGGUUCAUUCCGAAAACAACGUAAAGGUUAUGAAGAAGUUCAUGUGCCUGCUUUAAAAGCUGCUCCAUUUGAUGAUAAAGAAGAACUUCAGCCCAUUGAUAAGCUUCCCAAAUAUGUUCAACCAGUUUUUCAAGGUUUCAAAACACUCAAUCGCAUACAAAGUCGCCUUUGGCAUGCUGCCUUGGAAUCUGAUGAAAAUCUACUUCUCUGUGCGCCAACUGGUGCAGGUAAAACUAAUGUUGCUUUAUUGACAAUGAUGCGAGAAAUAGGCAAACACAUUAACGAAGAUGGAACCAUCAAUGCUGAUGACUUUAAAAUUAUCUAUGUUGCCCCUAUGAAGUCUUUGGUACAAGAAAUGGUUGGUAAUUUUGGAAGACGUCUAGCCUGCUAUAAUUUAACUGUUUCCGAAUUGACUGGAGAUCAUCAAUUGACACGAGAACAAAUUGCUGCAACUCAAGUAAUUGUGUGUACCCCAGAGAAAUGGGAUAUCAUAACUCGCAAAGGAGGCGAAAAGACAUUCACCUCACUCGUUCGCUUGGUGAUUAUCGAUGAAAUCCAUUUGUUGCAUGAUGAACGUGGUCCUGUAUUGGAAGCUUUAGUUGCCCGAACCAUUAGAAAUAUCGAAACAACACAAGAAGAAGUGCGAUUGGUUGGUCUUUCUGCCACUUUACCAAAUUAUCAAGAUGUUUCGACCUUCCUGAGAGUGAAACCUGAUAAGGGAUUGUUUUAUUUUGACAAUAGCUUCCGGCCAGUUGCCCUGGAACAGCAAUACAUCGGUGUAACUGAGAAAAAAGCCCUUAAACGGUUUCAGGUGAUGAAUGAAAUUGUCUAUGAAAAGACCAUGGAACAUGCUGGUCGCAAUCAAGUCUUGGUAUUUGUUCAUUCUCGUAAAGAAACAGGCAAAACCGCUCGAGCUGUAAGAGAUAUGUGUCUUGAAAAAGAUACUCUGGGAAGUUUUUUGCGAGAAGGCUCUGCCAGUAUGGAAGUUUUACGAACAGAAGCUGAACAAGUUAAGAAUUCUGAAUUAAAAGAACUCCUUCCCUAUGGUUUUGCCAUCCAUCAUGCUGGAAUGACUCGAGUUGAUAGGACUUUAGUUGAAGAUCUCUUUGCCGAUCGACAUAUUCAAGUACUUGUUUCCACGGCUACUUUAGCUUGGGGUGUAAAUUUACCCGCACACACGGUAAUUAUUAAAGGAACCCAAGUCUACAAUCCUGAGAAAGGACGCUGGGUAGAACUUAGCGCUUUGGAUGUCCUACAAAUGUUGGGACGUGCUGGUCGACCACAAUACGACACCAAAGGUGAAGGUAUUCUUAUAACCAAUCACAGUGAGCUGCAGUUUUAUUUGUCGCUCUUAAAUCAACAAUUGCCAAUUGAAUCCCAGUUUAUAUCGAAAAUGCCUGAUAUGUUGAAUGCUGAAAUUGUCUUGGGAACAGUUCAAAAUGUCAAGGAUGCUGUGAACUGGUUGGGGUAUACAUAUUUGUAUAUCAGAAUGCUUCGUAAUCCUACGCUUUAUGGAAUUGGUCAUGAAAAAAUUACCGAAGAUCCUCUUCUCGAACUUCAUCGAGCUGAUUUGGUACACACUGCAGCUCUGCAUUUAGAUCGUAGUGGAUUGUGUAAAUAUGAUCGCAAAAGUGGACACUUCCAAGUCACUGAACUGGGUAGAAUUGCCUCACAUUUCUAUUGUACUCAUGAGACAAUUAUGACUUACAAUCAACUCUUGAAGCCAACUCUAAGUGAAAUUGAGUUAUUCCGCGUAUUUUCAUUGUCAUCAGAAUUUAAACAUAUUGCUGUUCGUGAAGAAGAGAAAUUGGAACUGCAAAAGCUUAUGGAACGUGUUCCGAUUCCAAUCAAGGAAUCAAUGGAAGAAAACAGUGCUAAGGUUAAUGUUCUUCUUCAAGCUUAUAUAUCUCAAUUGAAGCUUGAAGGAUUCGCUUUGAUGUCUGAUAUGGUUUUCAUUACCCAAUCAGCUUCUCGGUUGCUUCGAGCCAUCUUCGAAAUAGUCCUUCAUCGUGGUUGGGCUCAAUUGUCCGACAAGGCACUAACUUUGUGCAAAAUGAUUGAUCGUAGAAUGUGGCAAUCAAUGACUCCUCUAAGGCAAUUUAAGAAAAUGCCUGAUGAAAUUGCUAAAAAACUCGAAAAGAAAAACUUCCCUUGGGAACGUUUGUACGAUUUGGAGCCUAAUGAGAUUGGUGAAUUGAUAAGAGUUCCGAAACUAGGCAAAACUAUACAUAAAUUUGUUCAUCAAUUUCCAAAACUUGAACUAUCGACUCACAUUCAGCCAAUUACAAGAUCGACUUUGCGAGUUGAACUGACCAUAACCCCGGAUUUUGCAUGGGAUGAAAAAGUACAUGGUCAAUCCGAAGGUUUCUGGAUUCUAAUCGAAGAUGUUGAUUCAGAAGUAAUUUUACAUCAUGAAUUCUUCCUGCUGAAGGAAAAAUACGCCGCUGAUGAGCAUUGUAUCAAGUUUUUCGUACCCGUUUUUGAACCUUUACCUCCACAAUAUUUCCUCCGGAUUGUCUCUGAUCGAUGGAUUGGUGCUGAGACUCAAUUGCCGGUUUCAUUCCGUCAUUUGAUAUUGCCUGAAAAAAAUAUGCCACCGACAGAAUUGCUUGAUUUACAACCUCUACCCAUAACAGCCUUGAGAAACCCCAGCUAUGAAACAUUCUAUGUCGAUCGUUAUCCUCAAUUCAAUCCAAUUCAAACGCAAGUAUUCAAUGCUGUCUACAAUAGUGAUGAUAAUGUCUUUGUUGGAGCUCCAACUGGAUCUGGAAAAAUGACUAUAGCUGAAUUUGCUAUCAUGCGACUUUUACUACAAAAUCCAGAUGGAAGAUGUGUCUAUUUGAUAUCUAAAGAAGCCCUCGCAGAUUUGGUAUUCAACGAUUGGCAUAAUAAAUUUGGUGGCCAAUUGGGAUUGAAAAUUGUCAAACUUACCGGCGAAACUGGAACUGAUUUGAAACUUUUAGCCAAAGGUCAAAUUAUUAUUACUACCGCUGACAAAUGGGAUGUUCUAUCUCGCCGAUGGAAACAAAGAAAAAAUGUCCAAAAUAUUCAACUUUUUAUUGUGGACGAGUUAGAACUGGUUGGCGGGGAAGAUGGUCCAGUUUUGGAAAUAGUUUGCUCAAGAAUGCGUUACAUUUCGUCACAAAUUGAAAAACAAAUUCGUAUUGUUGCUUUGUCAUCGUCAUUAGCUGAUGCCAGGGACAUUGCUCAGUGGCUGGGAUGCAAUACAAAUGCUACAUUUAAUUUCCAUCCAAGUGUGCGUCCGAUUCCUUUGGAAUUGCACAUCCAAGGAUUCAAUGUAACACACAAUGCAACAAGGAUAUCGGCAAUGUCAAAGCCUGUUUAUAAUGCCAUUGUCAAAUAUAGUCCACAUAAGCCGGUAAUAGUAUUUGUUUCGUCAAGGAAACAAGCUCGUUUCACGGCUAUUGACAUUCUCACUUACUGUGCAUCGGAAAUUCAACCAAAUCGAUUUUUCCAUGCCGAAGAGGAAGAUAUCAAACCGUUUUUAGAUCGUAUGCAGGACAAAACACUCAAAGAAACUCUCUCCCAAGGUGUGGCUUAUAUUCAUGAAGGACUAACUGCAUCAGAUCACAGAUUGGUAGAACAACUUUUUGACUCUGGGGCAGUUCAAGUAGCAGUGGUGACUCGAGAUUUAUGCUGGGGCAUGAAUAUAUCAGCUCAUUUGGUAAUCAUAAUGGAUACACAAUUUUAUAACGGCAAAAAUCAUUCCUAUGAAGAUUAUCCUGUAACGGAUGUCCUUCAAAUGGUUGGCCGAGCAAAUCGACCAAUUGAAGAUGCUGAUGCUAAAUGUGUUCUAAUGUGUCAAUCAUCGAAAAAGGAUUUCUUUAAGAAAUUCUUAAAUGAACCUUUGCCAAUUGAAAGUCAUUUAGAUCAUCGAUUGCAUGAUCAUUUUAAUGCAGAAGUUGUAACAAAAACAAUUGAAAAUAAACAAGAUGCUGUUGAUUAUUUGACAUGGACAUUCCUCUAUCGUCGUCUAACACAAAAUCCUAAUUAUUAUAAUUUACAAGGUGUAACGCAUCGUCAUUUGUCUGAUCAUUUGUCGGAACUUGUGGAGAAUACGUUGGCUGAUUUGGAACAGUCCAAGUGUAUAAGUGUGGAAGAUGAUAUGGAUACGUUGCCAUUGAAUUUGGGAAUGAUUGCGGCUUAUUAUUAUAUCAAUUAUACAACAAUAGAACUCUUCAGUUUGUCACUUAACAGCAAGACAAAGAUUCGUGGUCUUUUAGAAAUUAUAUCAUCAGCAGCUGAGUAUGAAGAUAUCGUUGUUAGGCAUCAUGAGGAAGGAAUUCUUAAAACACUUUCACAAAGAUUACCGAAUAAAAUCACAGGACCAAAUGAAUCUACUCCCAAAUUCAAUGAUCCUCAUAUUAAAACAAAUUUGCUACUUCAAGCUCAUUUAUCACGAUUGCAAUUGGGUCCCGAAUUACAAGGUGACACUGAGAUAAUACUUGGAAAAGCUAUACGUUUGAUACAAGCUUGUGUUGAUGUCUUGAGUUCGAAUGGUUGGCUAUCGCCAGCAGUAGCUGCUAUGGAAUUGGCACAGAUGGUGACGCAAGCUAUGUGGAGUAAGGAUUCAUAUCUUAAACAGUUGCCACAUUUCAAUAAUGACAUCAUCAAAAGAUGUACAGAAAAGAAAAUCGAAACCGUAUUCGAUAUCAUGGAACUUGAAGACGAAGAUCGAACAAAAUUACUUCAACUCUCCGAUGCUCAAAUGGCUGAUGUUGCACGUUUCUGUAAUCGUUAUCCCAACAUUGAGAUGAGCUUUGAAGUUGUCGACAGCGAACGUAUUCAUUCGGGUUCAGCUGUAAAUGUAGUUGUACAAUUGGAACGUGAGGAUGAAGUAACUGGCCCUGUUAUAGCUCCAUUUUUCCCUCAGAAAAGAGAAGAAGGAUGGUGGGUUGUUAUUGGUGAUCCUAAAACAAAUUCAUUAUUAUCAAUUAAACGUUUAACAUUGCAACAAAAGGCUAAAGUUAAAUUGGACUUUGUUGCACCAUCGCCGGGACGACACGAAUAUACUUUGUAUUAUAUGAGUGAUUCUUAUUUGGGUUGCGAUCAGGAAUAUGAAUUUUCGAUAAAUGUUGGUGAUUUCCAAUCGGAGAGUGAAAGUGAUUCGGAUUAAGAAAAAAAACACUAUUAUAAUUUCUUCUAACUUUUUUUCUACAAGAUAAGUUUCUUUGUACUAAGUAGUAUGUUUUUAACAUUAAAAAAAAAAUAUUUGAGACAAAAUUUGUUUUAUAUAUU